GUCAAAAUUGUGUUCCUGAAACCUCAUAUGAUAUUUUGCCCUCAAGAUGCACCAACAAUUCAACAGGGUAGAAAAGUCUUACCAUCCACUCAAUAAUCGAAGGGGAAAUUUGAAUUGCUUUGGUUGCAUCGUCUAAUAAUAAUAUACAGACCAAUCUCAGAUUCAUAUUUGGUAGAGAUAUGGCUUCUCGGCCCCAAUCUCAGCCACCGGCGCCGUCGCUAUUGCCGCCCUCGACGACGUCGGUUCUGGAUGCUCCACUAGGGGAAUUCGGGUUCGAGGUUGAAGAGAUAACCCCCAAAAAGGUCUCUGGUCACCUCCAUGUCACCGAAAAGUGCGUCCAGCCGUUCAAGGUGCUACAUGGGGGGAUAUCAGCACUCAUAUCUGAGGCCCUGGCUAGCAUGGGAGCUCACAUGGCGUCUGGUUUCCAAAGGGUGGCCGGGAUUCACCUCAGCAUCAGCCAUUUGAAGCCCGCCCAGCUCGGCGACCAUAUCUUUGCUGAAGCCUCCCCGGUCUACGUCGGCAGAACCAUUCAGGUUUGGGAGGUGAGACUAUGGAAGAUUGAUCCUUCAAACUCAGACAUCAAAUCCAUCGUAUCAUCAUCAAGAGUUACUCUUUUAAGCAACAUGCCUGUGCCAGAGCAUGCGAAAGACGCUGGUGAAGCGCUCAGGAAGUAUGCCAAAUUAUAACUUUGUUGUACCCUAUUCAUGUUCAACUCUUCUUGUUACCAACAGAGAAAUCAAAGACUAGGGAUGGGCUUUUACCCAAAAAAAAAUAAAAAAAUGAUUAGGGAUGGGCAAAAUACUCAUAUGUUUGGGUAACCGUGGUUACCCGCCCAUUUAAAAUUAACGGUUACGGUUAUGAGUAUAACCGUUUAUCCGUGAAAUUUAAAUUGACGGUUAUAGGUAUUACCCGCGAUUAUAACGGAUAUCCAUUGGUUAUGGAUAUUAUCCGCGGUUAUAACGGAUAUUCAUUUAUCCAUUUAAUUUAAUAUAUAUAUAUAUAUAUAUAUAUAUAUAAUUUAUAAUAUUUUUAAUGGUUAUAAUGCGUUUAUGUAUUUGUUGCUAAACUUUUCGUUUACAAAAAGUUUGAAGCACAAGAAGCCAACAAGGAGAAAGAUCGAAGAGCUAACUUGAAGCUUAUGAUCUAUCCUGCGGUUAACAGAAAGUACUGGUAUUAGUGUAGAAAAAUGUUUGUUUUUAAAAGCUUUACUUUGUAAUCAUAUUGAUUAUAAUUAAAAACUUGCUUUGGCAUCGACA